AUGUUUGUGGUACAUCUCCCUCCGUCCUCGAAAAAACACUAUGACUGCCUGCAACAGCGGGUCGAGAAGCGCCGCGCUGAUGUGCUCGAGAUGGUGCGGAAGGAUCCCGUGUUGGAGGAGGAGAUGAGGACAGUGCUGGGGGUGCAAGGGUUGGAGGGCGUAGCCGCAGCUCACGCGGAAAACACUCGCGCGAUGGCCGCUUCGUUGGCCGCGUUGAAGGGCAAAAGCCAGAGUAACAUCGGCCGCGUUGCGUAUACGACCGUGCUGGCCGCGGUGGCUGGAGCUGGGGAGCACACUUGCAGCCCUACCGAUCCGUGCAACCCCGCAGAGCGGUGCCCUCCCGCUGAGCCGCAGGGUGGCGUGAGCUUCGCCCAGCGAGCGGAGAGCCUUGGGGUGAGGGAGAAAACGUUCCGCGCGGCGCAUGUCCGGAUGCACCAUACCGACCAUACUAUCCCCCCGCCGCAAGCUCUGGAAGAGGGGCGCUACUGCUGGACUACACGCAAGACAAGGAGCGACGCGACGGACGAACAUGUGCUGGAGUUAGCGAUCCGCUUCUGGCACUGCGACGACGUCUCGCGUGCAUCGGGAGAUUCACCAGUUCAUGGGGGCGGAGAACCAGGACAAAGGCCUAGAAGUAGCCUAGGGGUGGAACCAGCAGAUAGUAGAGUCGUGGUAGCGGCAGGGGAUGAACACGCGAACCCUGGCCCCGAAGUAGUCGGACCAGCCCCGCGCCCCGAAAAGGUUACGAGAAAAUACACGUGCCGUGUUCGCAGGACGUCGUCAUUUUGAGUGCCUCACUUGGUCGUAUUAAUGUGUUUUGAUCUCGUUCGUGGUCAUUGCUGGUGGUGGUGGUGGUGGUGCUGCUGCUGCUGCUGCUGUUUUGUGUUGUGUUGCUGUGUAUAGCAUGCUGUGAGUCGUUAUGUGCCGCCAGUGCUGUUUCGUUGUCGUUGAGGAAACUAACGGAGAAACCGGAUUGUACUCUUUGAGUGUUUUUACCGUCAAAAACAACCACACUUCA